CAACUGCAAACCAGCCAUGUCCGAGAUCGUCGAAGUUCCAGAUUCUCCGCCAAGAUCUCCGGAAGUCGAGUGCCCAUUCAGUGAGGAAGGUUCCUCCGAAAAGUCGAUGGAGACUAGAAAGCGGGUCGCUGAAGAGGCUGAGGGGAAAGAAGGCGACGAUGAUGUUAUCGAAGUUCCACCACCAAAGAAGGUGAAGCCAUCCUUUGAAGAAGUUCAUCAGCUCAUUGAAGACGACACGUACGACGAGGAAGAGCUCAAGAAAGCCAAUGGAGGAUCCGUUGUUGAGGAAAAGGGUUCCACUGAAGUUGAAGCUCAAGAUGAGCAAGUUGCCGAGAGUGAGGAGCAACCAAAUGAGCCGGAAGAAGAAGAAGAAGAGGCUGAUGAGGAAGAAAAUGACGAGGAGUAGAUUUUAAAUUGUCUAAAGAUUCUCUUUAUAAUUAUAAUCAAAUACCACUAGAUCUUUCCAUUUAUUCUCAAGAUCUCAUCUAUCAUCAUAUUAGCGUAUGAAUCGUAAAAUCUCAAAAAAUGUUUGUUUGUUUUUUCUGGACCUUUUUUUUUAGCUCAAGCUCAAGCAAAAAGCUCAGUUUGCUCGCUUUUUGUUUAUUAUUUUCAAAUAGCUCACAGUUUUCAACGUCUCGCAAACAGUUCUUUUUUUAUUCUAAACCAUUUUUCCCUCAUUUUUACACUUCAAAUGUCGAUUUCUAUAGCUUUUUUGGUUGUUCUGGAGUUAAAAUUUAAAUAAACUAGAUAUUGGCUAA